AUCUAGAAACUGAAAUCGGUUGUGCACAUUUAAUUACGAAACUCGUCCUUUGCCUGCAUUAAAGUGCAGAAAAAAGUUGUACGCAACUCAUCUCCCACCAUCACUAAGUUAAUGUGUGCUAUAUUGACUACUUGAGUCCAUACAACUAAAUAGUUAAGUGUUAAAGCUCUAAUAAAAGUAGUCCUCAAGUUAUAAUUUAUAACUUUUUCCUCAAAAACAUCAUUAUUAAAAAAAUAUUCGAUUUUUUCACUUAAAGUAUAAAUCGUUUUUUUACCAAGUUUCUUUUUUAAUGAUUUUGGUGAAUUACGUGAUUAUUAUCACCCAAUUUCUCCGCAUCGCUGGACGAAAAGAAAAAGUGAAAGUUUUGGCCGAGUUGCGAUGGACACAAACAACGUGGGAUUUUAAAUCCGCACAAGUUGUUUUGCACUCCACAAUCAAGUUGAAUAAAAAUUGAAAAUGUUUAAACAACGUUUAAUUAAAUUAAUAAUUUUAUUAAUUAUUUUUAUAAAUUGCUGUGGACACAGAGUAAGAGAUCGACCUGGUAUGCGGUUCCGACAAAGAUUAUCUGGCAUUGGAAGAAAUAGAACUCGCAAUAUCGGAAAAGUUUGUUACGAUUUUGUCGGUUGUUUCGAAUUGCCUCAUCCAAGGUCUCCUCUACAAAGAUCACCUCAAGAUCCGAACGUUUUAAACACUAAAUUUUAUCUCUUCAAUAAAAAAAUCCAAUUUUCACAACCGAACAUUUUGUAUUUAAAUGAUAAUCAAAAAUCGAUUUAUGACUCCAAAUUCGAUUAUAAAAAUCCAUUAAAAGUUUUAAUACACGGUUACAUGGGGAUAUGGAACAACUUAAAUAGUUUAAACGCAACUGAUGCUUAUUUAAAAUUGUAUGAUUGUAAUGUGAUUAUAAUGGACUGGUCGAAUGGCGCAAAAGGACCUCAAUACGCAACAGCAGCAGCUAAUACUGAAAUUGUUGGUCGACAAUUAGGAAUUUUAUUAAACGACUUAAUAACAAGUGGUUUAACGCCAAAAGCGAUACAUUUAAUUGGGUUUUCAUUGGGUGCUCACGUAGCCGGAUGCGCUUCCGAAUAUUUAAAAAAUAAAAAUAUCCUAAUCGGUCGUAUAACCGGAUUAGAUGCUGCUGGACCAUUGUUUAGGUUAAACAAUUUAAGGGAAAAAUCGAAAAAAUUAGAUCGAGAUGAUGCUAUAUUUGUAGAUGCUUUACACACUGAUUCGAGCCCAGUUUUUGUAGAUGGUUUUGGUUUAUGGGAGCCAAUAGGACAUGUGGAUUUCUUUGCUAAUGGUGGUCAAGACCAACCCGGGUGUACUGAUAGGCAUCCGUCAAUAGUUGUUACACAUUUUGAUAAAACUUUAACUUCCGACACGGCUUGUAGCCAUGCAAGAGCUUUCACAUUAUUCCUUGAAACUCUAAACUCAAAAUUGCAACAUUCUGACUGCAAAUUUAUUUCGUACGAUUGUCCCGGAGGUCUUCCAUCGUUUGAAAAAGGACAAUGUUUUCCCCGAUUACAAAAUCCCAACGAUCCAUUAGCCAUCGAUCCGAUUUAUAGAGACGAUUUGGGUGAAUUUGGCGAAAACGCCAAAGGAAAUGGAGUUAUGUACUUUGCAACGAGGGAUUCGUAUCCUUUUUGUGGGAGUCAAAUACAAAUUUAUGUCAAAUUAUCGCCGAAAACACCCCAAACGUUGGGAAAAUUAAUCGUUGAACUGAAUUAUGAUAACGAUCGGCCAAAUUUUGAAAUAAAUUGCGAAUUAACUGAUUUAGUAACGAGGAACAUCGUUUUAAACAAAAUUAGCGCUACUAAAUACAAGUCAUUAAACCCGGAUUUAAAAAAAAUGCAAGUUAAUUUAAAAUAUUUCCAUUUCGAAUUCGAAACGAUAAAUGAAACAUUAAAAUAUUCCAAUGAAAUUAUCGUUCAAGAUGUUGGAGUUUUAGAUAUGUUUGGAAAUAAAUGGCGAUAUUUUGGAAAUGAAGUAAAAAUUGAUAAACCUGAAGGAGAGGUUAUGUUGCUAAAAAAGGAUAAAUGAAAAUGCCCAAAGAUUAAAGAAAUAUUUUAUUUUUGCAUAAAGAAGGAGGAGAUUAAUUAAAUCCAAAGACGAAAAAUUUAUGACAUCCCAAAAGAAAAUUUUGAUAAAAAUAUAAAUUUUUAAUCCCAC